AUGGGUGGCGAGUCAACAAUUGACCUCACCUUCGCGUCCGAGGACCUGGCACCCUACGUAAUCUACUGCAAAGUGGACAGAAGUCUGGACUAUGACUCUGACCACCUUCCUAUCACCCUGGCCAUCGACUGGAACUGGCAGUUAGCAACCCCAACUAGGAAAUGUCUGUGGGCAAAGACAAACGUAGAGUUACUCCGAAAAACCGUUAAGAGACACCUUCCUAAGCCCUGUAACGCAUUGGAACUCAGAGAUGAGGACAAUAUCGAUAAACUCAUCUCCUCCAUCGUCAGCGCCCUAGAUACAGGUAUCGACGCAUCAACCCCUUGGUCGGACCCUUCCCCCUGGUCAAUCGCAGGAUUUGAUCAAGGAUGCAAAGACAUAUGCAGAGAAGUCCAGCAACUCCGCCGGAGAUGGCAACAAUCACGACAAGAAGACGACUACGAGGCUUACCGACAGGCGCGAAAUAAGAAAGGUCGCCACAUCCAAAAGACCCUUCGGAAUACCCAUCGGCAGCGGGUCGAAGAGGCCUCCGCAACGCAGACGGGACUCUGGAACCUGGUCAAAUGGGCGAAAAACAGACACGACACCCUCAAAAUUAUCCACCGGAAGGCGGAACUGUGGGCAGGAAAGCAUGGGUCCCAGUUCGCGCCAGCAAAGUACGAACUCGUCCACUUCACACGGGACCCAAAGGCGAGCAGAACACACGCCCUCCGCCUACCGCAUGCCACGGUUGAGGCUUCCCCAUCAUGCCGCUACCUGGGUAUACAGAUGGAUACUAAGCUUCGGUGGGACUUCCACCGCGACAAGGUAGAGGCGGGAGCCACAAAACGGCUCUCAGCGCUAGCGGCCCUAGCAUCCUCAACCUGGGGAACAGGGAAAAUCAACCUCCGGCAGGUAUACAGAGCGAUGAUAGUACCUCAAAUGCUCUAUGGCUGCUCCGCCUGGCACAUCCCCAGUAAUGGAUACGGAGGCCGAGGCAGUGCUAUGAUAAAUACCAUCAAGAAGAUCCAGAGACGUGCAGCCCAAAUCAUCACUGGCGCGUUCCGGACAACCGCCGGAGCGGCAGUGGAUGUGGAAGCACAUCUACUUCCGGUACAGCAACAACUGGAGCAAACAGCGCUGGAAGCCGCAAUGCGCAUUCGGACAUCCCCGCUACACGAGGACAUGGCCGCAUCCAGCGGCAACAACAGCACCACGGGACGAAGACGCGAUGCGCAAAGUCCCCUUGGCAGAUUCUCGAGCAUCCUGGAACGCAAGUACAAGGUGCAGCUUAACCGACUCGAAAAACGCCUUUCGCACGUUAUACCACCGUGGUGGACUCCCCCGUUCGUCCGUAUAAACGAAUCCGCCGAAGACGCAAUCAAGGAACACGACGCCAUGGAAGCUGCGAGCGUCGCCCUAAACCUAGGAAUAGACACCGGACAGCCUCCAGAGUCAGACCAGCUACGGAUCUUGAUGGCAACCACGAAAACCGCCAUUCGCCAAACGAUGAAACGCGAAUGGGAGACGUCUUGGGAAAAGGCCAAGCACGGCAGAGACCUCCUCAAACUUGGAGUCAGGCCGGGAAAAGCGACACUUGACACCCACAUAGGAACACACAGAGCGAUCAGCUCAGCGAUCACGCAGAUGCGCACAGGCAAAAUCGGCCUCCGCGCAUACCUCCACGCCAUCAACAAGGCCGACACCGACAAAUGCCAAUGCGGAUACGGACCACAGACCGUGCGACAUGUCCUCCUGGAAUGUCGAAACUGGGCGGUCGAAAGACAUCGAAUGUGGGCAGGGAAACUUCCAUGCGUAGAAAUAAAGCGCAUUCUCUGCAACCCGUCAAUGGCGGUACAAGCAGCCAAGAGUUGGAACCCUGAACUGAUAUACAAGUGUGAUGAUAUUUUCUACUAA